GGCGGGAGGAGCAGAAUGAGCACAGUGGGGCUGCUGGGAUAUAAAUACGAGCCAGGGAGUGUACAGGUGUCUUCUGAGCAUUCACCUGACAACAUGACACUGCUCGCUCUACUGCUGAUGGUUGGAGCUGCUGCGGCAGUUCCCCGCGAAGAUGGCAGGAUCAUUGGCGGACAGGAGUGUGAGCCGCACUCCCGUCCUUUCAUGGCCUCCCUAAACUAUGGUUACCACUUCUGUGGUGGGGUGCUCAUCAACAAGCAGUGGGUGCUCUCUGUUGCCCACUGCUGGUACAAUCCCUACGCAAUGCAGAUCAUGCUGGGAGAACACGAUCUGCGAACCUUUGAGGGCACAGAGCAGCUCAUGAAGACAGAAACCAUCAUCUGGCACCCUAGUUAUGACUAUCAGACGCUGGAUUACGACAUUAUGCUUAUCAAGCUCUUCCACCCGGUGGAGGUGACCGAGGCAGUCGCACCCAUUCCCCUGCCCACAGGCUGCCCAAUGGGUGGGCUCCCCUGCUCUGUGUCCGGCUGGGGAAACACGGCCAUGGAUGGCGAGGAAGUGAACAUGCCGUUCCAUCUGCAGUGUCUGGAUGUGCCUGCGGUGGAUGACGCGGUCUGUGAGAAUGCCUAUCCUGGUAUGAUUACAAGCAGGAUGUUUUGUGCUGGAUACAUGGACGGAGGCAGAGAUGCAUGCAAUGGUGACUCUGGCAGCCCUCUGGUGUGUCUUGGAGAGGUCUUUGGCCUGGUGUCAUGGGGUCAGGGAUGUGCCCAGCCCAACUACCCUGGAGUCUACGUCAAAGUGUGCGAGUUCUUGUACUGGAUUGAAGACGUCCUGGCUGACAACCCCUAAAGAAAUGACCCUUUUAUCACUUGCUUUUCCUCCACCCGUUCCUCUCUAUCCUCCAGCCUUUAUGACAUCUAAUUUUCUUUUAGAGCCCUGACUUUUAUUUCUCUCUCUCUCUCUGGUGACUCCUCUGAAGUGUUCUCAACACACAUAAACCAGAAUGAAGAAAACAAAAUAAAAACCACUUGAUGUUCA